CAGGUUACGAGACGUGCCGGAACGCGACGCCAGGUCACGUGCCUAGAUAAUUUGGGAAGCUCAAUUUGAGUUGUGCUUGGAUUCGAUCUUUCGACGUAAAAUGCCAAGCGCACGCAUGUUGUCAUCAAAGUUCCAACUUCGUAAGUGUUACCGCUGCUCUCUCUUGCUUGCGAAGUGGCAAGUCUCUGACGAAUCUUCGUCUCGACAUUGCUACCCUGGCUACCCCAUACUUCCAAGCCUUCAUCAUGCCCUUACGAUUGGACACAGGCACAGACUGGAACAAUGUCAAGUCGUCCCAAACGCAAUAUCUAGAGUAUGCAGGCAGGAGAAUUGUUCGGUAAUAGUCUGCAUUAGGGCCAAUUUGAGUCUGCCUGUGACUACUUGGCUGCAAACCCCAAGAUUCCUAUUAUUUUCACAUCAACUCAAGAUGAGAACUCUUCUCCCCGAUUACAAGUUAGAUGCCGGUGUGUCCAUACCAACUAUAGCUAGCAAUUGGACUUUGGCAUCCAUUACUCGCGGUUCUUCCGUCGAAGGACGGGCACCUCCAAAAGCCAAGAUUGAAACAGGCGGUUACGCUGCUACCCUCAUGCAUACACAACUCGGGCCAUUAGCUCGACAGACCGUCGGAUUAUGUGAGCCAAUACUAUUUCAUGCUCAUGAUACUCGAUCUAUUAUCUCAUAUUCCUCUCAACUCUAAACACGUGCCCGAACUUGAUCAGCCAACCUGGGAGCACCUCCGAAAACGCUCUUCCUCCUCUUUCAGGGAGUUCGAGCAGUCGUGGAUCUCGGAUAGUCGCGGAGCUACGUUGCUAUUGAAGAGAGUUCAGCUUUUGG